AAGUUUCUUGUUCACUUCGUGGUUAUACUGUAUAAUGAUAAUUUGACAGCCCUCUUUAGUAUAAAUUCAACGAGUUAAAGAAUACAGUUUUAUAUUGCACAUCCAAAAUGAACAGCUCUUCAAUCAAAAUCUUGAUACAUUUUUCGUCAAGAUUAUUAUGUUAGCAAUUGACUGUGAUAAGUGGCUAAUGGGAAACAUGCAUCAAGAUAACAUAAUGUGAUCUUAUUCACACCAGUUUAAUUCUUGAAGAGAUACAGUUGUGAUUUAUCAUUAGAGAACAUAGCAAUAUUACGUUUUCCUACUUUAUCGAUGUAAUCUAAACUUUAGAUUACGUCGAUUCUGAAUCAUUCGCAAAAUAUUGUAUAACACGUUUGAAGCCAAGUUUCUUGUUCAAUUGUUUGAUCUAAAUCGAAAGUCAUCUUUGUUCAAAAAAGAGAAAGCAAAGAUAAAAAGACGGACGAUAAAGAAUGGUCUCGACUGCAGCUACUUACACUGCUUUGCACUUGUUGCAGUAGUAUGUGCAAAGGGAGGAGUUCGUUCAUUCAUCGGUCGAGGGCAUAAAAAUGUUGUAUGACCAUCAGAAAUGAAGCGUGGUGGUUGAAUUCCUUGUUGUCUAGGCGAAGGUAGGAACGCCAAAUCAAAUUAGUCAUCCAACAGAGAUUGGAAUGAACUUAACUGCUAAUAUUUAUUCAAAUUAUCUGCUGCUCCGGUGGUGCUGGUGGCGAAUGUUUGCGUUUGGUCGUCUUUUAAGAAACCGGUCCUUGGCUGUGACAUAAAGGCUGUAUUGGCGUAUGGAUCAUUAGGAUUGAAAUACUGUGAUGAACGAUAUGUUUGUUUAUUAUAUGGAGUAGAUGACGCAACAGCCGUUUUUUGAGAUACAUCCGUUAAGCACCGAGUGUUUUUCAAAAGAUAAUGGACCAAAUGUUAGCUGGAUUAGAUGGAAUAAUUUGUUAUUUAGAUGACACCAUUGUAACUGCGAAAAACAAAGUCGAUCAUCUGAAUAAUCUAAUUAAACUAUUUGCAAGAAUCAAAGAUUAUGGUUUUAAUAUUAAUAAGAAUAAAUGCGUAUUCUUACAGAACCAGGUGGAAUACUUAGGUUUUAUUGUAGAUAAAAAUGGUAUUCAUUCAUCACCAUCAAAAAUAAAAUCAAUUAUUAAUAUGCCUAAACCAGCAAAUCUUUCUCAAUUACACUCAUUUUUGGGUAUGAUUAAUCAUUAUGCAAAAUUCAUUCCAAAAUUAUCGAAUCGGUUAUCUAUUUUUUAUUCGUUAUUAAACAAAGAUACUGCUUGGGAAUGCAAUGAAACUUGUGACAAAACCAAAUAUAAAAAAGCUUCUUACUUCUCCUCUGGUUUUAACUCAUUAUGAUCAAGCUGAUGGACUUUCUCGAUUGCCAGUUAGACCUGAUAUUAAAUUUGAUAAACCAGAUCCUGGUGAAUCUCGUAUUGCAGCUAUGAUUCAAAAACAAUACCAACAGGAACUACCGCUUCAGGCAUUACAAAUUGCUCAAGCUACUCGAAAAGAUGCAAUUCUUAAAUUUGUUUAUGAUUAUAUUCUUUCAGAAAAUUCGAAACAACCAGUUAAAGCUCCAUUACAGCAAUGGAAGGUUCCAGAUAAACCUUGGCAACGUAUUCAUAUCGAUUUCACGAGAAAAUUUACGGGUUUGUAUUUUCUCAUUAUUGUCGAUGCACAUUCAAAAUGGUUAGAGGUGCUUAUUAUGAAUAACAUUUCAACAAAAGCAACAGUUGAUGCAUUAUCAUCACUUUUUGCUCGUUAUGGUUUAUGUGAAGAAAUUAUAUCUGACAACGGUACUCAAUUUACAUCAGAAGAAUUUGCUGAUUUUUGUGCUCGUAAUGGUAUUCGUCACAGUCGAACGUCAGCAGCACAUCCACAGUCUAAUGGACCAACUCCACAUCCAACAACCAAUGCAAGUCCUGCUGAGCUUUUCUUUAAAAGACAACUAUGGUCUGUAUUAGACUUAUUGCGUCCUAAUGUAACUGAUGCAUCAAGUGUUGCUCGAAAAUGUUAUCAAUUGAAUUUUGAUCGACGUACAAAGGAACGUUAUUUUUAUGAAGGGUCUCGUAUUUGGAUUGUUAAAGAGGAAAAUUAUACUUGGCGUCGUCAUCGUGAAUAUUCAUCAGAUGAAGAUAUUAUUAUUAUGGAUUCAACACCAAUAACUGAUCAAACAACAUCGACAACAACUGAUCACAAUAAAGGCUCUUCAACAUCUUCUUCUUCAUCUGAUCAAGAUUCUCAAAUAGUUAGGCGUUCAUCACGUUUAAGAAAACCUGUUCAAAGAUUGAUCGAAGAAAUUUGA